CUACGCGGAAGUUCAGUCAGAUCUCAUCUCCCUUGUUCUGUCCCCAUCUGUCCAUCUGCGAUCUGUAAGGUGCUGGGAACUGCAGGCGGGACUCGGGGGGCCCAGGAACCAGAAAUGGACUCAGUGGCCUUUGAGGAUGUUAAUGUGGAAUUCACCAUGGAGGAGUGGGCUUUCCUGGAUCCCACCCAGAAGAAACUCUACACGGAUGUGAUGCUGGAAACCUUCUGGAACCUGGCAUCAAUAGCAUGUAUUUUAGAAGAAAAAGGUGAAGACCAUGACAGUGAAGAUAAAUAUGAAUAUCAUGGGAUGAAUCUUAGCAGUCAUACGGUAGAGAGAGUCUGUACAAGGAAGGAUGGUAGUCAAUGCAGAGAAAACUUCAGCCAGAUUCCAAAUCAUAAUGAAAAGAGGGAAACUCCUACUGAAAUAAAACAACCUAAAGCCACGGUGUGUAGGCAAAUAUUCAUGCGUUACUUAUCCUUGAAUAAUCACCUGAGCUCUCUCACUGGACCCAAACUAUACCUGUUUCAAGAAUAUGAAGAAAACCCUUAUAAAUGUAAGGAACCUGAGAAAGCUUUCAAGCAUCACCAGAAUAUUCGAAGCCAUGAAGGCAGCCUCAGAGGGAAAGCUUUCCACUAUUCAGCUUCCCUUAGAAAUCAUGAAAGAACUCAUACUGGAGAAAGACCCUAUGAAUGCAAGCUUUGUGGUAAAGUUUUCUCUUAUUCAACUUCCCUCCAAAAUCAUAAAAGAACUCAUACUGGGGAAAGACCAUAUGAUUGUAAGCAAUGUGGAAAAGCCUUCUUUACUCUACGUACCCUCCGAUAUCAUGAAAGAAUUCAUACUGGGGUAAAACCAUAUGAAUGUAAGGUUUGUGGUAAACUUUUCUCUUAUUCAACUUCCCUCCAAAAUCAUAAAAGAACUCAUACCGGAGAAAAACCGUAUGAUUGUAAGCAAUGUGGAAAAGCCUUCUUUAAUGUACGUACCCUCCGAUAUCAUGAAAGAAUGCAUACUGGGGUAAAGCCCUAUGAAUGUAAGCAAUGUGGGAAGGCUUUCAUGGUUCCAAGUACCCUCCAACGCCACGAAAGAAUUCAUAGUGGGGAAAAACCCUAUAAAUGUAAGCAUUGUGACAAAGCUUUCUCUCAUCCCACUUACCUCCAAUGUCAUGAAAGAAUUCAUACGGGGGAAAAACCUUAUAAAUGUAACCAUUGUAGUAAAGCUUUCUCUUAUGCAUCUUCCCUCCGAUGUCAUGAAAGAACUCAUACUGGGACAAAACCCUAUGAAUGUAAGCAAUGUGGGAAAGCUUUCUUUGCUCUAGGUGCCCUCCAACGUCAUGAAAGAAUUCAUACUGGGGAAAAACCCUAUAAAUGUAAGCAUUGUGGCAAAACUUUCGCUAAUGGAUCUUCUGUCCAAUGUCAUGAAAGAAUUCAUACUGGGGCAAAACCCUAUGAAUGUAAGCAAUGUGGGAAAGCUUUCGUUACUCUAGGUAACCUCCGACAUCAUGAAAGAACUCAUACUGGGGAAAAACCCUAUAAAUGUAAGGAUUGUGGCAAAGCUUUCGCUAAUGUAACUUCCCUCCGAUGUCAUGAAAGAAUUCAUACUGGGGAAGAACCCUAUAAAUGUAAGUAUUGUGGUAAAGCUUUCUCUUCUUUAACUUACCUCCGAUGUCAUGAAAGGACUCAUACUGGGGAAAAACCUUAUGAAUGUCAGCAAUGUGGAAAGGCUUUUUGUCUUUCCCAGUCUCUUAGAAGCCAUAAAAAAAUGCAUUCUGAGGGGAAAUCCUAUGAAUGUAAGCAAUGUGGGAAAGCUUUUGUUGCUCUAAGUGCCGUACUCCGACAUCAUGAAAGAACUCAUACUGGGGAAAAACCCUAUGAAUGUCAGCAGUGUGGAAAAGACUUCAGUUGUACCUCACAUCUUCGAAGACAUAAAAGAACUCACAAUGGAAAGAAGACUCAUGAAUAAGAAAUGAGGUAAACAGUUUUUGCCAUUCUUUUUCUCAUAGUGGAGAGAAACCACAUCAAUGCCUUUAGGUUCCAACUAGUUUUUACAGACAUGUGAAAACAAAAUGUAUUGAUAAACACUGUUAAUGUAAAGAAUCACCAAGAGCCUUCAUUUAUCUCUCAGCUCUGCCAUCAUGUAUGAUAAUCCUUAUUGGGGAUGGACCCUAGUAAUGUAAGAGGGUUAGAAAGUGUUCAUUUUUUUCCAGUUUAUUGUAAAGGAUGAAUGAACUCACUGAAGAGAUCCCUGUCAUGUAAGGAUUGUAGAAGAACCUUUGGCCAUCCUAGUUCUUUACAAAAUCAUGAAGGUACUCACACCCAACAAUAUGUGUAUGAACAUAAGGAAUGUGGGAGAGCCUUUCUUGGACAUGUGAGAAUGCACCUGGUGAAAUAGUGUAUACGUAGAGAAGGUGGGAAAGCCUUCAGUUGUCUCUUUUCCUUGCAAAGAUCAUUAAAAAAAACCUCAAUUUGAGAAUUGUAUUUAAUGUAAAAAUAUAGGAAAACCUUCAUGUUGCCUUAUGUCCCUACAAUAAUACAAUGUGAAAAUGUACACUGGAUAGAUACUGUAUAAUUACCUAUUUAAAAAAAGUUUAAAUUUUAACAAAUACUUUCAGAGUAUCUUGAAAACUGCACUGGAAGGAAAUCCUAUUAGUGUAACUAACUGGUAUAUGUAAACCUGUUGCAAAUGAAGUCAUAUAUACCCCAAAACUCACAGCAUUAAAGAAGUUCUAUGAACUUUUGACAAAUUUGGUCAUUAUCAGUACUCAUUCUUUUUUUGUUGGUUUCUUUAAAUUGAUGCUUUAGAGUGAGGAAGGCAGAGAGAGAAAUAGAGGGAAACAUCUAUGUGCGAGAGAAACACCAAUGGGUUGUCUUUCCUGUGCCCUGACCAGUAAUGUGCCCUGAUGGGUAUUGAAUGAAUAGGCACUACACACAUAUAUAUAUUCUUUUUAAAUUUUCAAUUGCACUUGAAAUUCACUAUUCUUUUAGUCAAUAAGUAUUUGCCAUGUAUUUGUACAUACUUACUGUUCACUGUAGAGUCCCCCUGUGUAUUAUUUUCAUGGAUUUUUGUGUGUGUUGCUUUUGGCUGGGAAUUGUGCUAUGGGGUUCACAUUAAGAAGAGAAUAUUUUAGUUUGUUUUUCUAAAUCUUUGCCCUGCCAGCCAAGAAUAUCCUCAAAACUGCCAGCCACUUCUUUAAUUCCAUUGAUGUCGGUGUAAGCUUUACAGUUGUUCAGAAUUCAACAUUAAAGUUCCACUAUAGGUUGGCUUUUCCUUCAAGCCCAUAGGUGUCCACCAGGCAACAAAUGUAGACUGUCAUGGUUGAGACUGUUCUCAGAAGGGUGUGCACUGUUCUCUUGAUUGCAUUUGCAUUAGAUCUAGUUUGUCUAGUAAUCAUCUUGUUCUGUUGGUACUACUGACUGUAAUUCAGAUCCCAUUGUGACAGCUGCAAUGGUUCAGUGCCAAGGAGCCCCUGGACAGUUUGUUUUUGUACCACCCUCUGCAGUGAGGGCUCUGAGCCAGUCCUUUCAUGUGAGAAUUGGCACUUUCCUCAUUUCAGGCAGACUCUGAUGUGUGCUGUCACUCAGAGCUGAGCCUAAUCUCUCAAUGUUGUCAGUUAUCUUGGGUUGUAUGUGAUUAGAAUUAUGCCCAUUUUUCCUAAUAAAUGCUUCUGUAAUUUUUAAAAAUAUUUUUAAAUUGAUUUCCGAGAGCAAGGGAGAGAGAAAGAGAAAGAAACAUCAAUGAUAACCAUUGAUCAGUUGCCUCCUGCACGCCCCCUGCUGGUGAUUGAGCCUGGAACCCGGGCAUAUGCCCUUGACCUGAAUCAAACUGGGAUCCUUCAUUUCGCAAGCUUGUGCUCUAUAUCCUCUGAGCAAAACCAUCAGGGCCAUGGUCUGCAAACUGAGGCUCGCAAGCCACAUGCGGCUUUUUGGCCCCUUGAAUGUGGCUCUUCCUUAGCCUUAGAAGUACUCUAAUUAAGUUAAUAACAAUGUACCUACCUAUAUAGUUUAAGUUUAAAAAGUUUGGCUUUCAAAAGAAAUUUUAGUCGUUGUACUGUUGAUAUUUGGCUCUGUUGACUAAUGAGUUUGUCGACCACUGAUCUAGGGCAAUGCUUCUGUAAUUUUUAAUGAAAUAGGAACUGUUUCCCAACCACUCUUAUACUAAGAAAUGUUUUGGCCCUGACCGGUUUGGCUCAGUGGAUGGAGCGUCGGCCUGCGGACUGAAAGGUUCCAGGUUCGAUUCCGGUCAAGGGCAUGUACCUUGGUUGCGGGCACAUCCCCAG